GAGGAUGUGAUCGUAAUUUGCAAAUGAAGUCACAUAGAAAGCAAAGAAUCAUCGACUUCCAUUUCCAUUUCCAGCAUGAGCGACAACAAUCCCAAAACCCCUCUUCCACCUUCUUCAACCGGAGAUCACACCUCAACCAAAUAUUCACGAAACAAGACCCACAUCAACCCACCAGAAACCGCAAUUCCCGACACCGCAACCCUGAGAGAUCAAUGGAAGUUCGCUGUCAGACAGUACAGUAAAUGGUACUCUCACGCUUGGGGAACCGCCAUUCUUGCUGGGACUGCUUUCUUUGCCCUUGGGUGGUUCAUUAAGGGUGAAAAUCCCAUACCCUCUUUCAACUCCAAUAACAACAAACCUUCUUCAUCGCAUGAAGACAAGGAUAAACCUCCCAAACCCCAGUGAUUUCAACCUUUCUACUGUUCUUGUCCUGCUAUUUCGUUCCCUUCUUUUGGGCCCCAUUCACUGGAAUGAAGCCACAUCAGAGCUGUCUUUUGUUGAUAGUGCCUUGAAGCCUCACCUUGAUUGCAAUGCUCUAUGGAAGUUUAAGAACUUGUUUUGAAAAAACAACCUAUGUUUUUAUUUUCUGUUUUACAAGUUGUAACUUUACAUUCACUUUGUUUUAUUGUACAGAAAACUGUAAUGAUUACAGUAAAUGUUGUUUUCACUGUUUUUUUAUAUAAAUAUCUGAAAACUGAAAAUA